GUAUACUAUUAUAAGAACGAGGUGGUGUUAUCACACAAAGAAAUAAUUUUGUAAUCUUUAUAAUCAAUCGUCGAUUGACGAACUAAAGCAAAAUCCUCAUUGGCUAGUAUGAGCUUCCAGCGAGUGUGCUUAGACGUUAUAUACGAUGCUAGGGGUUUCUGACUUAUUUUGUCUCACUCUUUAGCAAUGCUUCUUCAUACGGUACUACCGUCUGUAAACUCACCCUCGUCAUAGGGUGCACGACUCCUCCUUACCCAUUGGAAUUGCCGACCUUCUCUUCAACUUCUUCGUCUCAUUAGUCAUUUCUCUUUAGGGGAAUUCUUAACAACGAAUCGGGUGUUUUUCGUCCGUCCAUUUUACAAAAUUUAAAUAUCGUAGACAUACAUACAAAGGGACAAUGAUCGAGAAACUCUCUGAGAGACAGCUCACCAAUUUACGUGAAUUUUUAGACAACGAGUUUUCCACAAUAUCACAACGCUACCAAAAGAAGUUUCAACCAGACGGGUUUCAAACUCUCAAUGAUUUAAUUGAUGCAAGUAAAUCGUAUAUUGAAGUGAUUAGUGGAAUACCACUUCCCAGAUAUACUUAUCUGGCUUUAAAUUAUUUACUGAAAUACCUGGAUUUUUUCGUCGACGCUAUUGUGACGUUUCCAGCGAGCCCAAAACCCAUGUUUUCAUUUUUGAAACAGCUCGACGAGUUAUUUCAACAAGCUGUAAUUCGAGGAAACAUGUCGGUUACAGAAGGUGUCCGCGUAAAAAGUCUUACCGAGAGUUGUCGAAUGGUGGUCCUUUCGAAAAUGGAACGGACCGGCGGUUACGAAAAGGAAUGUACAGAAGUUUUUGAGGCUACUUUACAGGAAUUGAACAUAUAAUUAAGCUGUCUGUAGUCUCUGACUACUGUACUGCUGACUAUGAAAUUCGCCUUUUGACACAAUUUAUCUGCAAAAAUUCAGAGAAACAGCAAUCUAUAUCGUCAAACAGAGUAUGCUGUUUAAGAAAAUAAUCCGGAAUAUUUUGUGCUAAAGCAAUAUGUUUAAUCCUUGUUUUACCUUUGCUGCUGACUCUCAUUUCCCGU